AGUUUUUAGUUGGUUUGAGAAAGCCGAGCAGCUCCUCCCUAGCCCCUGGGCCCAGCCUUGCCACUAGGCAGCAACCACACACAGGAGAGUUAUUUAUCUGUCACAAAGCAGGCAGCCCCCAGAUGCGGGGAGGGGGGUUCAUUCACGGCGACUCCAGCAGGACCUCCUCCUCCUCCUCCUCGGAGAGGCCAUGCUGGGGGGCGGGGGAGGGGAAAGAGAACGCAGGAGCCACAUUCAAUCUCCGCUAAGAGAGGGACCCGCACCCGCCCCACCGCCCCGGGAGCGCUUCCAAGCCCAGCCCCUCGCGGCAGCCCAGCCGCCGCAGCUCCCUUCUCUCUGCUCCUCGGGGCUCUUUGUUGGAAGGCGCCGACAGGGGGCUGAGUCACCAUGUCCUCCGCCAAGAAAGGCUUUUACCGGCAGGAAAUCGCGAAAACCUUAUGGGAGGUGCGGGAGCGCUACCGGGACCUGCAGCCGGUGGGCUCCGGAGCCUACGGCGCUGUCUGCUCAGCUAUCGAUGGAAGAAAUGACACCAAAGUGGCUAUCAAGAAACUGUACCGCCCAUUUCAGUCUGAACUCUUUGCCAAACGAGCCUACCGGGAACUGCGCCUCCUGAAACACAUGAAGCAUGAAAAUGUUAUUGGAAUAUUGGAUGUGUUCACACCAGAUGUAAUACUGGAGAAAUUUAAUGAUUUCUAUCUAGUCAUGCCGUUUAUGGGAACAGACUUGAGUAAGAUAAUGAAGCAUGAGAAACUAACUGAAGAUCGAAUCCAGUUCCUGGUCUAUCAAAUGUUAAAGGGCCUAAAGUAUAUCCAUUCAUCAGGCAUAAUUCACAGGGAUCUAAAGCCUGGAAAUUUAGCAGUAAAUGAAGACUGUGAAUUGAAGAUUCUGGAUUUUGGGCUGGCAAGGCAUACAGACAGUGAAAUGACAGGCUAUGUGGUUACUAGAUGGUACAGAGCCCCAGAGGUCAUACUUAAUUGGAUGCAUUAUACUCAAACAGUUGACAUCUGGUCAGUGGGCUGUAUUAUGGCAGAAAUGAUAACAGGGAGGCCACUGUUCAAAGGAAAUGAUCAUCUGGACCAGCUCACAGAAAUAAUGAAGAUAACAGGCACACCAACUCAAGAUUUUGUUCAGAAACUACAGAGUCAAGAUGCAAAAAAUUAUAUCAAAAGCCUCCCAAAAGUGCAGAAAAAAGACUUUGCAGCCAUCUUGAAGUAUGCAAAUCCUUUGGCUGUAAACCUUUUGGAGAAGAUGCUGGUAUUAGAUGCGGAGAAGAGAAUAACGGCAGGAGAAGCUUUAGCGCAUCCUUAUUUUGAACCAAUUCAUGAUCCUGAAGAGGAAACUGAAGCAGAGAAAUAUGAUGACACAUUUGACAAUAUGGAUUUGCCACUGGAUGAGUGGAAGCGCAUUACCUAUAAAGAAGUAAUAAACUUCAAGCCAUCUCCCCUGCCUGAGUCAAAGGAAACGGCAGUGUAACCGUAUGAACCGUCUCUUCAAAAAUCAAAAGAAGCAGGAAGGGUGUAAAUGCUUGUGAUAACUCAGUUGUACAAACCUUUUUAUAAAUAAACUGAAUGUAAUCUGUUAUAUCUGUAUGGUAAGGAAUACUGUAAUGGCGUUUUUUAUUCUAACCAGGACGCUAGCACCUUUGGAAGUAGCAUUUCAAGACUGUCUGGAAACUUACCUCUACCCAAAUUUUCUCAUCUUUUUGUGAAAAUUUGUGGUUUCAUUUAAUCAAAUUACUCCUCAACAUACCAGGGUUUUCAUGAAUAGGCUUUUAGACCAGGUAUUGCUAGUUCGAGUCACAGGGUAAUAGAGUAAUAGUGAACACCUUAAGCAAUCUGAGGCUAAAAGGACAAGUGUUUCCCUCUUCGUACAUGAAUGGAGGGGAGUAUGAGCCCAGAAGCAUCAAAGGGAGUGUGCUAGCUUCCCUCUAGGUUCUUUCCUUCCUGCAGAAGCCAAUUUGUAGAUGAUCUGCAGAUUGUAAGGGAAUGAAAAUGUUGCUGGAUAGGCUCAACAAACCUACUGUGAGGGGUGUGUACAAGCAGCAGCAGUGGCAGUCAGGGACCCCCUGGCCACAAGAGGUUUAGCAGGGGCCUGAAAGGAGCCGCUAGUGGUCCUGAUUUUAAAUAAUACAGUAUUUUCUUCCUCUUCUGAAUAACUUGCUCUCACUUUAUAUAGUGGAGUAGAGGUUCCUGAUUUCCAGGGGAAAAACUGUGAGAAUUUAUAACAUUCUAUAAGCUCUGUAAUUUCUUCAUGGUUUUGAUGUGGUGAUUGAAAAUGUACAUAGUAAUCGGGGGAGGAGGGGGGAUCAGUGUGCCGAUAUGAGUUAGAAAUAAAGCUACAUGCAAAGUGUCACUUCAUGACAAUAGGGAUGGGGAUAAUAAUAAUUUUAUUCUUCUUCUGACCUGCAGCUAGAUGUUUUGUUCGUAUUAUACAUAGGCAGUGUUAGGUGUACAGAACUAAUUAUUUUUAAAUCUCCUUAUCUCAUUCUCUUGUGAAAAAUAAUCCCUUGACAAAAGGUACAAUAUCCACAGGAGAUAUCUACCUGAUGAGUUACUCUGGGAUAUUGGUUACAAGCUACGAUGGGUUCUUCAGCUGUGUUCGUCUCUUGCACUUUCCUAGCUGCUUAGUUUAUAAUAAUCUCACAGGAGCAGGAAAUGAAAAGUGACAAACCUUUGUACAUGUUUUUAUGGUUAAAGUUCAACUCUUUAAAAAUUGAAUAUUUGCAUAAGGGUUACUCCCACUACAAUGUGCUGCUUUGCGUCGGUGCCAAGUGGAAAAUCUGUGGAAAGAGACAUUUGAUCUUAGCACCUGUAACUGGAAAGGAACCCAGAGAUGGCUCAGUUGACUUAUUUUUUUUACUCAAUAAACAUUUUAAACUGGAAGGCUUCAUCAACUGAGUUUUUAAUGAUUGUUUAAUAUUAAGCUCUAUAAAUACCAGUACCUAGCAGGAAGCUAUUUGUGAUGAACACUGAGCAGGCAGAAAAGGUACAUGGAGAGAGGAAAUGGUAGCUAAAACCCUGCAAUUUUAUGCAUGCAUAAAUAAGCCUUUAAAAAAACAAACAUGCAUAAAAAGAGGCAACAAAUGCAACCCAAAGGAAAACCU